GAAAAAGAAAAAGAAAAACAAUAAAUAACCAAAUCUCGGUUAACAUUGUCUUCAUUUGGCCCCGUUCAUAUCCAAAACAUUUAUGGGUUUACUUUCUCUUCGUUGUGCAUAUCUUCUACCUCCCCUACCUAUCAACCGAGUAAACUCCCUGCAACUACAUGCAUUUGGUACCAGGCUCGGGUCUAUUUCCCUAACUCUACAUUUCUCUUCUAACGUCCAUUUUGGGUCUCUUUAUGUGCCUCUCUUAUCUUCCCAUUUUUUUUUUUUUUUUCGCACUAUUUAAUAUUCUAUUCAAUUUUCCGUUUACAUGUCCAUGGACUGGCUAUAUUUGAAUGUGGGCUCUGAGAGCAGCCACACGGGGUUACUCAUUUAAAACGGAAAGGGAGGGUUUAUCAUUUUCAUCUUAUAAAACAAGGGCUUCUAGUGUCUUUUCCGUUUUUCUUUGCUCUCUCUUUUUUCCUUUUAGUAAUUCUUUACUAUAUACCAUAUUUAGCUGAUAACCGUUGGUCAGGAGGCUAUUUUGUCAAUAUCGUUCUUACAUGGAGACAUGACAUUACAUAUCUAUAUCUACAUUGAGCCUUCCAUCUCAUUUUUACUGCAUCCUUUCACCAGUUCUUGGAGAAAUGCAAUGUCUCUCUGGUGUGUCAAAAAGUCCUCAUGGCCCUGGCUGUGCUGGUACAAACAAUUGCAAAGGCUCAACCGUCCACAUCGAACGUCAACGACCACCGUCUAACUCUCAAAUCUCAACUCUCAGCACUUUGUCGUCUCCGCUUCCGCACUACUGCGGAACAAGAAGGCCCAUUAACGCCAUGGGUUGCUCGUAUUUGUCCUUAGUUUUGCUGCAUCGACACUAAUAGCGUCCCUCUGGCUGCGGCACGAAGAGGUAUGAGCUCACCCUCAUGAGACGACAUGACGGCGUGGUUGGACGGGCAAGAUGAUCUAUCACCAUCCACCAUCUGUUAACUAGCUGUUAGCUAUCGAUCCCACCUUGCAGCCAUGCAAAAGCAUGUCAAUUGCUGCAGAACAGCGCGCCAGCUAUGACGGAAUAGCCUCCGCCGAGGAAUCGGAACUAGUUAAAUAAGCAGCGGCCAAAAACCCCACCAAAGCCUGCUGUUCCCCCUCGCUCGAACUAGUGACAAUAACACGAACUAUAUAACGUCCACAGCAAUUCCCACCGGGACAACAAACCAUCACCACGACUGCCAUCCUUCAUUCUUUAGCUUCUCUCUUUUCUCGACUGUCCCAAAGUCCUCAGUCAGCCACCAUGGCCACCUAUAGCAAGGCUUGCUGCACACUGCCCCCAGUGGUUGACGCUGCCUAUGAGCCCAAGGGCAAAUAUGAGACUAUCUGUGGCAUGAAAACCUACGUCACUGGGCCGGAAACCGCCACGGAAGCCAUCCUAGUUGUAUACGGUGAGUUGGCUGGAUACACCCGCUGAAUAUAUCUCGAGACGCAUCAAUCUGACUAUUGGAUAAAGAUAUCUUCGGAUUCUUCCCCCAGACCCUCCAAGGAGCGGACAUCAUGUCUACCUCCGACGCAGAGCGCAAAUACCGAGUCUUCAUGCCCGAUUUCUUCGACGGAAGUCCCGCUGAUAUCGCCUGGUAUCCCCCAGACACUGACGAGAAGAAGGAGAAAUGGGGUGCCUUCUUCAAGGACAGAGCUCCCCCACCAAACACCCUUCCUCGCGUCCCCCGGGUUGUCGAGGAGAUCAACAAGAACUUCUGCCCCGGUGGCGCUGGUUUCAAGUCAUGGGGUAUUGUAGGGUACUGCUGGGGAGGAAAGAUUACCUCUCUCCUCUCUGCCAAGGACACUCUCUUCAAGGCUGCUGUCCAGGUUCAUCCUGCCAUGAUUGAUCCCAAGGAAGCCCUGGAGGUUACUAUCCCCAUGUGCAUCCUCGCUUCAAUGGACGAAGAUCCAAAUGAGAUUGAGAAGUAUAAGGACAACCUCAAGGUUGAGAAGUUAGUCGAGACCUAUGGUGACCAAAUCCACGGCUGGAUGUCUGCUCGAGGCGAUUUGAAGAACCCCACUGUUAAGAAGGAGUAUGAGAAUGGGUACAAGUCGGUUAUUGCCUUCUUCAGGGCGCAUUUGUGAGAGAUCAAUCCUCAUACCUUUCAAUGUAUAUGUCUUCGGUGGCAUACUCCUCUUUCUGCAAAAAGUAUCGAUGAAUGAUAUCUUUAUGAGAAUGGAUUGACCGUCAUUCAUUGCACGCCAUAAAC